AUGUGAUACGGAAGUUUAAUGACGUAACUUCCCGGAAGCUCGGAUGACGAAUCGCGAGCCUGACUUGAAUUCAAUCGAGUCUGGCGGGAUCUGGAUAGGGGAAUCGGCAGGGAUCAAAUAUUUGGUUUUGUGUUUCUCCUGUGGAAGCUGAAUUGUAUUGAAUGUGACAUGAGAUCGAGUGUAAUUCUGAAAGCACAACGAUAUUAAACAAAGGCAAACACGGGGACAAGCUGAGGCGCUGACACUGAAGCAGCAGGAUGGGAGUUACCGAUUUGUGGUCCAUUCUGGGGCCGGUGAGAAAGCACGUGCCCUUGGAGAGCCUUGCUGGGAAAACGCUGGCUGUCGAUCUGAGCAUCUGGGUGUGUGAAGCACAAAUGGUGAAGCAGAUGAUUGGAGUAGUCCACAAACCCCAUCUCAGGAAUCUGUUCUUCCGCAUAUCAUCGCUGAGUCUGUUGGGGGUGAAGCUGGUCUUUGUUUCGGAGGGUGAAGCCCCAAAGCUUAAAGCUGAAACCAUGAGCAAGAGGAAUGAGAUGCGCUACGGGCCUUCUGCCACUGCUGCUCCACCCAAAGCAGGAAGGUCCUAUUUCAAGUCUGUUUUGAAGGAGUGUCUGCUGAUGCUCGAGUGUUUGGGGAUCCCGUGGGUUCAAGCAGCCGGUGAAGCAGAAGCGAUGUGUGCCUACCUGAAUGCCCACGGCUAUGUGGACGGAUGCAUUACAAACGACGGCGAUGUUUUCCUCUAUGGGGCCCAGACGGUUUACCGGAAUUUCACUAUGAAUGUGAAGGACCCCCAUGUGGAUUGCUAUGAAGUAUCCAAGAUUAAAGCCCACCUUGGGUUGGACAGAGAAGAACUAGUAGGCUUGGCCAUCCUCCUGGGUUGUGAUUAUCUCCCCAAAGGGGUGCCUGGAGUCCGAAAAGUACAGGCCUUGAAGCUGAUCGAGAUGCUGAAGGGAGAGAGUUUGCUGCAAAGGUUCUAUCUGUGGGAGAAGGACUGUAAUGUUCGGGGCACCACGAAAGCCCCUAAGAAGAAAACUCACUGUUCUGUUUGCUGCCACCCAGGUUCAGCCAAAGAUCACGAGCGCAACGGCUGUAAGAUGUGCGAGAGCGACCGGUUCUGUGAACCACAUGACUACGAUUAUCGUUGCCCCUGUGACUGGCAUAAGGAUCAGCGAGAGAAGGUAGAAAAUUCAGCGGAGUUCAAUAUCAGGAGGAAAGCACAGCGCCUUGAAGGUUUCCCAUUCCACCCGGUCAUUGAUGAAUUUCUCAUAAAUAAGAAUAAGCUUGUGAAAGUGCUUAAAUGGAGGAGACCCGGCCUUCUGUGUUUUCAGAAUUUUGCGGCUGAGCGAAUGGAUUGGCCCAGGCAUUAUUCAUGUGAGAAACUGCUGGUGUUGUUGACGUACUACGACAUGAAUGAGAGGAAGGCUGGCCGAGAGCACAAGUCUCAGCUACAGGCUAUACGCAUUGUAAAGACAAGAAUCAGGAAUGGAAGUCCUUGCUUUGAAAUUGAAUGGGUGAAACCAGACGGUUAUGUUUUUGCCGAUGAUCAUCCUGCCGAGUCUCCUUUGCUGACGAUAGAGGAAGAAUCUCUCUUCCGAGCCGCCUACCCCCUCGUAGUAGCCCUGUUUCAUAAGGAGAAGCAAGAGGCCGAGGAGAAUAAACUGAAAUGCAAGAAAAGCAAGCCCAAAUCCAAAGCUGUCGAUGAGCUAGAUGAUGUGGCGUCUCUGUUGUCCGAACUGAGCCUGAAACCUGUUACGGAAAAGCAGACUUCACUGGAGUUGAAGGAAGAUGGAGGAGACUCGGGCAAUGUACACGAGAAGCCAGCAAGAAAUUGCAACUUUCUAGGCUUCUUCAGCGAUGUGGAUUCUGCAGCGGUGAAAGGAACUGUAUUGGACACAAAACCAGAUUGUGAGGUGUACCCAUCACCCACUACAGACAGUGAUCCUUCCCAUGCCUUGUGUUCUUCUCCGGCACCAAGCAAUCCCCAACAUCUCACCGCUGCUUCUCCCAACAUUUCUGCCUUGAUUUCAGAUCUCCAGCUCAGCAGUAUCGAUUGGGACUCGACAUCUUUUAGCCAGUCUCCCCAAGCACACACUAAAGACAGCAGAGAGGUAGAAGAUCCGGUAGAGUUUAGUUACAAACCAACCACCAGCAACUUGGGAACUUCAGAAAAGAAAUCUGACGAGGUGGGCAAUAAAAUUGCCCGGCCUGGAACCCUUAUUGAGCAAAAUAAGGCACAGUUGACUUCAAAGCAAUACGAAGUGGAAGACUUUCACAAGUUACCUUUAAAAGAGAGAGUCCUUCUAAAGAAUGCUGUUCAGUGUGGUGUCCCUUAUCCAGCAACAAAGCAAUCUAAGCCUGUUCCGUCUGUUCAUGUAAAGCCUGUUCCACUCGUUCAUGUAAAGCCUGUUCACUUAAAACAUGUUCCGCCUGUUCAUGUAAAGCCUGUUCAUGUAAAACCUGCUCAGUCGGUUGAAACAAAGCCUGUUCUGUCUGUUGACUUAAAGCCUGUUCCGUCUGUUGACGUAAAGCCUGUUCCGUCUGUUGACGUAAAGCCUGUUCCGUCUGUUGACGUAAAGCCUGUUCCGUCUGUUGACGUAAAGCCUGUUCCGUCUGUUGACGUAAAGCCUGUUCCGUCUGUUGACGUUAAGCCCGUUCCGUCUGUUGAAGUAAAGCCCGUUCUGUCUGUUGACGCAAAGCAUGUUCCAUCUGUUCACGUAAAGCCUGUUCCACGUGUUCAUGUAAAGCCUGUUCCGUCUGUUCAUGUAAAGCCUGUCCCGCUUAGUCUCCAUAACCAAGGGCUUACUGAUAACAACUCCAUAACAACCUCAUUGGAUUUACAUUUUAAGGAACAAGUCCACCCAAAGCUUCUAAUUAAAGUAUCUAGAGAUCCAAGUCAACAAGAGAACAGACCACCACCAGUUCCAGCCUUGAAGCCGAUGGUCUGCUCCAGCGCUAAGCCUCAGAUUCAGGGAGGUACUGGGACAAAAACAUACAAUUUUGUAAAGAAUGUAAAGGCAGUGUCGCUUGUCCCUGUGAAUGUUGGUAAAAAAGUGGGGCCCCUGGCAGCUUAUAAAUCCUUGGGGAAGAAGAGUGUCUGUCAGAAAGGGACCUUAUUUGAUCAGGAAGAUCAACCUGAGAUGCAGGCAACAUGCCCAAGCACCUAUGUUCAUCCUUUAUCCAAGGGGGUUAAAGGGGAUAAAUUGCAUAGGCCGCCGUAUGGGGGCAAUGAAGUGAAACAGAACAAAGAGAAUUCGCCUUCAAGCAAUAAUCUCAUUUGUGUUUUCCUUAGCCCUGACUCUAAGGUAGUCACCAAAAGAGCAAGUGACUGUUCCACAGAAGAGAGCGAUGGAGACGACUCUAUUAUAUCUGUAGACAGCCCCUUGCCACUGGCUGAACGUUUAAAGCUAAGAUUAUUACAGCAAUGCUAAAGCAACCGAGUCCCAUUGAUGUCAUGGACACGUUCAUGUACUAAAUAGCAAUUCAAAGGAAUUAUUGAUUUACACAAUAACAAACAAACAAAUAAAUAGAAAUAAGUGUUUUUUAUUUUUAAAAAUGUAAAAUAAUAAUGUAUGAAAUUGCAGGUAAAAUGACCCUUAAAUAAAUGAGGGUUAUACAGAAUUCUAGGCACAUGUAACCUCCAUAUUCAAACCUAAAGCAGCCAAUCAGCAGUUAGUUUUAACAUGUCUAGUGCUGGUAGAUUCGUGAAAGCAGAUAUCCGAUUGGCUGCUGCGUUUAUUGGACUAGAAUAAACCCGUCACUAUAUAAACAUGAAUAUAAAUAUAUAUCAUGAGUUGGAGCUGUCAUUGAUUGAACAACCUGCGGGCUUUCUAUAUACGCUAGCCUUAAUGCUGAGAACAAUAUGGCAGCUCAUUUAUACAUGCAAAUAUGCAGGAAUGUUCGGUUUGUACAAUAAGCCUGUUUUGUUUGUUUAAGCAGGCAAAAAUGCUAAUUAAGUUGCCCGUUGUAUGUGUUGUUUUUUUAUUAUUUUAGUAUUUUUGUUGUAUCUGUCCAUAAUGUAUUCUUUUAUCUGUACUCUGUGCCUUUGGUUGUCGUAUUUAUCUCUGCCUAAAGCAAUGGCUGUUCCUAUAAUGACUCAAUCGGCUUAAUUUUUUUAUAUCCUUCUCGGAUCCAAGAUAAAAGCGUAUAGAUUGAAGGAACUCCUAGUCUAGCCAUAAAGUUCCCCUGACUUGUUACGAAUACCAACACACGGACUGAAUAAUGUUCUGGCUAAAGUCGUUCUUUGGCUUGUGGUUUGUGUCUACGGUGAUUUUUCUAAGUGUUUAUAUUUACAUUUUUUAAAGUAAUAAAAAUCUCAAUGUUGGGAAA